AUGAACAUGAACAAAUGUUAUUUUAGAUAUGUGCAACAGGAGGAUAAAGUUGAUAUAUCUUUUUUGUUAGACAUCAAGGGAUCUGUUAGGCAAUUUAACUUCAGUAGAAACCCAGCGGAAACUUUACAAGUUUUGCUUAAUCGUAUAAAAACGAACGUUCUAAAAGUUGUUAAUAAAGCUAACAGAAAGAAGAAAGCCACUGAUAGCGAUAAUGAUAUUGAAGUACAAUUUUAUAAUAAUAAAAGAGCAGUUAUAAGUGAAAAUAGUACUUGUAAAGAAUUGUUCUUGAAUAAAGAUGGUGUAAAAUUGAAAAUGCUUGACAGUGAAUAUGAAGUAGUAUUUAAUUCUCCAUGGGUGUUAUCUAUGAAUUUACCACAAAGUAUUUUAGCAGGCUUUCCUGUUUAUCCAGAAAAUUUUGAAACUCUAUACGCUAGGCGGGAAAAAUGUGCUUUUAGCUGGUAUAAGGGCUUUAGCGCUAACUCUGAAGGAAAAGAAAUUAAUGAUUUACACAUAAAAUGGAAUUUAACUAGUAAACAAUAUGCUUAUACACCAAGUACAGAAGAUAUUGACAUGAAAUUGAAAUUGGAAUGUAUACCAGGUAAUGAUGAGAUGGUGGGUCCAGCAGUUGAGGCAGUAUCUAAAAAUAUUGUCCAAGCAGGGCCUGGAAAAUGUCCGUUUGAAACCAGACAUAUGUUCACAACACAAAAACUGAAGGAAAAAAGCUUCAGAUGUGUAACUUACAAUAUUUUGGCUGAUUUAUAUUGUGAUUCUGAUCAUACAAGAACAGUACUUUAUCCAUAUUGUCCACCAUAUGCAUUGCAUAUAGAUUACAGAAAACAACUUAUUAUUAAAGAAUUACUUGGAUAUAACAGUGACAUUAUAUGCCUUCAAGAAGUAGACAGUAAAAUAUUUCGUAAUUUUUUAAAACCAAUUUUGGGAUCGGAAGGUUUUGAUGGAGUUUUUUAUAAGAAAGGAAAAGAAGUUGCUGAAGGAUUAGCAUGCUUCUACAGAAGUCAAAGAUUUAAUCUUUUAGGUGAGGAGAGAAUGGUAUUGUCAGAGGCAGUGAUAACUGAAUUAUGUCUUAAACCCAUUUGGGAUAAAAUCAAGGACAAUAAACCGUUAACUGAACGUUUAUUGGAUAGAUCAACCGCAUCUAGUGCAACAUAUUUGAAAUCACUGGAUAACCCAAAUGAGAUUCUGAUUGUAGCAAAUACCCAUUUAUACUUUCACCCUGAUGCUGAUCACAUAAGACUAUUACAAGGUGGCAUGGUUAUUUAUUGGUUGAUGGAUAUUAAAAAAAAAAUAAUGUCCAAGUUUCCGGAUAAAAGGAUAAGUGUGCUACUGUGCGGAGAUUUUAAUAGUGUUCCUACAUGUGGUAUUUAUCAGUUGUAUACAAGUGGAGUAUCGCCAAGUGAUCUACCAGAUUGGAAGUCAAAUAUCAAUGAAGCUGUGAGUGACCUUAAUUUGGAACAAAAUAUUGCGCUAGGCAGUGCUUGUGGAACUCCUCUUUACACUAAUUUUACUGAUGGCUUCACCGAAUGUUUGGACUACAUUUUUUAUGAAACUACCAACAUAGACGUGGAACAGGUGGUUCCACUUCCCAGUGUCGAAGAAUUACGUUUACAUACAGCCUUACCAAGUGUUGUGUUUCCUUCAGACCAUAUAUCAUUAGUUGCAGAUUUACGAUUUAAAUAA